AGCUGCUGUGCAAGAUGGCUGCAAAGAGAAAGUUCAUGAGAAACAUUCAUGAAUUUUUUGCAUUUUCUCCUUACCAGAAUUCUUGAUAGAUAUGACAUUAGGAGGAACUAAGUAGUUUAAUGAUGGAACACAAGUCGGACCUUGAAAAGGCAAAGAAAGUGUACAGAGCUGCAGUUGAUGCUGUCAAGAAACUUGAUGAGUCGUUAAAGAAAAAGAAAGCCUACAGAGAGGUGUUCAGCCAAGAUGCUGUUGGCCUUAGAUACAAAUUACGGGAGUACUGUGAGAGGCUUAUGUUCUACAACCCGCUGUAUUAUGGUCGGAAGGCAGAGGAGGUCUUGUGGAGGAAGGUCUUUUACGAUAUCAUACAGCUUAUCAAAAGAAAUAGGAGGCAUGUGCGUGUUGGCAGCUCCCUAGAGACAGCUUAUCGGACCCACCUUUCUGCUGCGUGCGGAUAUUACUACCACCUGCUCUUCCGACUCCAGAAGGAUUUCAACCUCAAACUCAACAUGAAGAUAGACUUCCCUCUUCUGCCUGACAAUAAUCCAAGUCGUUACAUCAAGGCUGUUCGGAAGAAAGAAGUUACAACCGCCAUGAAGGAAUGGGCCCUGAAAACUGUCCACCGAUGCCUGGUCUGUCUGGGAGAUAUCGCACGAUACCAGCAUGACUUUGAUGCAGGGAUGAACAUUGUGGCUGAGAGGUUCUACUUGCAGGCGUGGAUUAUCUUCCCAGAAAUGGGAGUGGCCCACAACCAGCUAGGAACUCUGGCUUCAUCUCGUUACUUCUACUGUGAGGCAGCGUACCAUUACAUCAGAUGCCUGUCGAGCGAGGUUCCGUUUGAAGGUGCCGAGGGGAACCUGUUGCGGCUGUUUGAGAAGAACCAGAAGCGCUACCAGGAGCUCACUGCAGACACUGCCAGAACCAGCCAGAACCCACAUGAACAAUGUUACAAUGACCUUAAGGCCUUCUUCAUCCAAUUUAUGAACCUGCUCAAGAUAUUCUACAGAUAUGAUGUACCUGCAAGUCAACAAGACAACCAUGAGAUACAGGAGUGUUGCCAGGCAACCCUGAAUAGUUUUAACCAGUGCAUGUUCUACGAGCCAACAACAUACAGCGCAGACCUGGCAGAGGAGAACCUGCACUUCCUGGAGGACGAUGUUGUGUUCAAGAUUGUCGUCAUGUGUACCUCUACCAUUCACAUCCUGCAGAACAGAGGUUCGCGGAAAGUGACAGCGGCCACAGCGUUCUUGCUAGCACUCUUUUCCCACAUUCUGAACCAUGUUGUGAUCCGGCUGCAGGGGGCGCUUUAUGAACGGGAAAACCCCAACAAGAUCCUCCAGGCCAACACCCAUAACUAUGACGGUAUAAAUGGUGAGGAUUCAGAGAGUGACUCAAAGUGUUCCCUGGUCUCCUCUGCCUCCUCUUCUCUGAAGAAUGGACACAUCAAACACCCAACAGCCAUGAAAAACAACAACAACAACACUCAGAAGGACCAGCCAAAAACUAAGAAGCUGCACACUCGAAUGAGACGGAGGCGGCGUCCAAAGGCCAGCAAGGUUGACAGUGACUCAGACCUCUCAGAUAUGUCCGACCUCAGUGAAGGAGAGGCUGCUAUGAGAGAGGAGAUCUCAGAUGACUCUGAGGAGGAACCUUUGGGCUUCUACAAUGAUGACUCCGACUCUGAACUCUCUGACUCUCUAAUGAAGAGCCAGGACCUGGAGCCUGGGUUUGCUGCAGGCCCUGGGGCUGACUCUGUCCCUCCUCCAGGGGCCCCGGACGACAUGUUUCCAAUACCAGAGAUUACAGCCCCAAAUCACAAACCAACAGAAAACCUCGCUCCGGGGUUUGGUGCACCAUCCAGUGACACAAACAAAAUGUGGCCACUCAGCCAUAGUGACAGUCUCGCAACAUUUUCAUCUGAACUGUUUUCAAGUUCUGUGCCAUUUUUGAGUUCAAACUUUAAGCUUUCUCAACCUACAGAGGGUGUGGAUAAUGAUGUCAUCAUGGGCAAGAAACAGGUGUCUGUCCCACCAGGAUUCCACACAUCAUCAGAGGCCAAACACGUCGCUGAGAUCUCCCAAAAACUUGCCAACUUUGUUAUAGAGACAGAUACUGAGGCUUCAAUUACUGCAACUGAAAUAGAUUCAGAUGGGGAGGAGGACACGCCACAGAGCAGUGAGGACACAGAGAAAGCCAGGUCAUCGUCAGAAGAGGAGCGUGAGGGGGCCCGUGUGCAGCACGUGCUCGAGGUAAUCCAGGGGGAGGGGCUGAUGCCGGCUGUCAAGGUGAUCACAGACUGGAUGACCUGCAACUCUGCCAUCAUCAUGACCUGUGCCCAGAGCUCCCAAUCUGUCUGGUGUAGGCUCUCCGUGCUGCUUAAUUUCCUGCCGCAUGAGUCGACCAUCACCGAGCAUGCCGAGUGUUGGAGUGAUGAUGUUCGUGUGGGUGUGGUGGGUGGGGGUGAGGGGGGAUGGAGUCAGACCCUGCCCCUCCCUGAGGACAUCCACCUGACUCGGUUCCCGCCCCUGAGCCACGCGCACAAGGACCUUCCAAGGAAAACUUCCGUCAAGAUGAGCGAGCAACAAGAGAGUUUCCUGCGAACACGCUGUCUGCGUCAGUUUGGUCACUUUCUGUCGGGACUGAAGGGGCUCAACUUCUCAUACAACGAGGAGAAGGGUAUCUUCAUCGGCCCUGCUCCGCCAAUCAGUACUGAGGAAACACAGGAAGAUGCCAUGGAGAAAAUGGUUGAUGCAGAGAGCAGAAGAAACCAAUUGAUGAGGGACAUGGCCCAACUGAGACUGCAGGCCGAGGUGAGCCAGCUGGAAGGGAACCUGUCACAGCCAGAGACCGCGCCCUUCCCCCCAUACGUGAUCCCAGACGCCACGUCCCUAUGUACUGCUCUUCCCAAUGUACGCAGGCUCGCACAGUCCAAUAGGACCAUCAUUGUCAUUCCCCUUGCUGUGAUAGACAGUCUGGACAUCCAGAAGAAGGAGAGUCAUGGUGCACGAGAGGCCAUACGAUGGCUCGAGGCAGAGUUCCGCAAGGGAAACAGAUACAUCCGAGCUCAGAAGAAUAGUGAGAAACUACAGACUGCAGUUCCUAAACAUUUGAAGAAGAAAAACAGAGAUACCUGGUGUGCCUUGGAGAUAUUCAACUGCGCAUUAUACCUGUCACGGCAGGGUGGGGAUUUUGGGGCGGACACGGUUAUCGCUGUACUGACUGCCACGAAGUUCUCCCACCUGACACACCCUCUUGUCAAACAGACCAUUGCUUCCAGUGAACAGGAAGGAGUGUCGGUGGAGAACGUGACAGAAUUCAUGGCCAAGUGGUCCGAGGAUCUGAACAAGAGAUGAGAUGGGCCUGCAGCGACCAUGCAGGGGCAUGUGAAGUGCCUUCAGGGACGUAUCACACAUGCACAAUAAACUAUGCAGUGCCUGUGUAUACAAACCGUCGACCCGACUCAGUUAUGCAAGCUCCAUGUUCACAAUCAGGUCAAUUAGUCUAAAGAUCAUUGACCUUUUGAUUAAUAUGGGAAAGGUUAAAUGAAAAGCUCAUAAUGCUGAUAAUGAAAACUCACACAUUUUGGAAUAAACAACAAAAAUGGAGACUUUGUUGUUGUUGGUACUUUGCACUCUAUACUGAACUUGCAAUUCACUGUUAACUAUUUCAGGAUUAAACUAGCUGCAACCAAAUUUCAUAUUUGAUAAACAUUUUUGAAGUUUUGAAGAGUUUACUUUUACGUGAUUUUUUUGCUUUCUUUUAUGAUAGAAAUCCAUGCCAAAUCUAAAAUAAAGUUUGUUUUCAUUUUAUUUUGCUAAAAUAUACCAAGUUUUUUUGCAUUUUAGAUUAUCAAUAGAUAAGUAUGGGUUCUGACUUACAGUGAUUGUGCUUUCCUAAUAUAUGCACACAUGUCCACUGAGGCCAGAGAAGAUGCAGACAUGUCCACUGAGGCCAGGGAAGAUAAUAUACAAUGUACGUUGGUUGUUAAUAUGUUUCUAAAUGUGCCCAAAGAACAUUCUUAUUAUUAUGAGCUUGCUUUUUUUACAAACUCACUGAAAUAAAUUUAUGUCUAAAUAAUUUAUGAUAAUGAAUGUGUAAAUUUUACCAUUUUUAGUUUUUUACUGAAACUACGUAUUGAAUAAAUCAUUAACAUAA